AUGACACAGGAACAUAUAGAUUUAUCCUAUGCAUCCCAACAAGAUGCCGGUCAAGAACAAGCUUUGGUUGAAGAAGAAAACCCAAAUCACUCUAUAACUGACGCGUCAGUUCCAGCAGAUCAACUGCAAGAUGAAGGCGUUCAGCCUAUGGGUGAGGCCUAUGACGAGGAGGAUGAAGGACAGAUCGGUCCUUCUCCUAUAGAUGUCCUUAUAGGCAACGGUAUUUCCAAGAAAGAUAUUGAAAAGUUACAGGAAUCUGGUUUAUGUACGGUUGAAUCAAUCGCCUAUACCCCAAAAAAAAUCUUAACCACAAUCAAAGGUAUAAGUGAUCAGAAGGCAGAUAAGUUGAUACUUGAAGCUUCUAAGAUUGUUCCUCUUGGGUUCACUACAGCAACUGAAUUCCAUCAACGUCGCUCAGAGUUGAUUACCCUAACAACAGGUUCCAAGCAAUUAGAUACCUUAUUGGGUGGUGGUAUCGAAACUGGUGCUAUAACAGAAAUUUUUGGUGAAUUCAGAACCGGUAAAUCGCAAUUAUGCCACACUUUAGCUGUUACCGCUCAGCUACCUGUUGAAAUGGGUGGUGGUGAAGGUAAGUGUUUGUUUAUUGAUACAGAAAGUACCUUCAGGCCAGUUCGAAUUGUUCCUAUCGCUCGUCGUUUUGGUUUGGAUGAGAGAGAAGCCAUGGAGAACAUUGCGUAUGCAAGAGCCUAUAAUGCAGACCACCAAUUACAGUUGUUAAAUCAAGCAGCCCAGAUGAUGGCACAAUCGAGGUUUUCUUUACUAAUCGUUGAUUCAAUUAUGGCUCUAUAUAGAACAGACUAUUCCGGUAGAGGUGAAUUGAGUGCAAGGCAAAUGCAUGUCGCAAAGUUCAUGAGAACCCUACAAAGACUAGCUGAUGAAUUUGGUAUUGCAAUCGUCAUUACUAAUCAAGUUGUUGCCCAAGUUGAUGGAGGUGCACUAUUCAAUCCUGAUCCAAAGAAGCCAAUUGGUGGUAAUAUAAUUGCACAUUCUUCUACCACAAGAUUAUACUUUAAAAAGGGUAAGGGCGCAAACAGAAUUUGUAAGAUUUAUGAUUCUCCUUGUUUAGCAGAGACUGAAUGUGUGUUUGCAAUUGGCCAAGGUGGUAUAAUGGAUCCAUCCGAUGAGUCAGAACAAAUGGAUGAGGAUUAG